AUGCAGCAACACACUGGUAUUUGCGCUUCAACUGGAACAAAGCAACAAUCAACUGAAACCAAUCAUGAUGUAGCUCAGUCAACUAUAGAUCCUGAUGAUUCAGACAGUUCUGUUGAACAGUCCGAUGAAUCAUCGUCAUACUCUCAGUCCAAACAGUCAGAUGAUGAUAUAUUUGACAACACACUAUAUGACGACGUCUGCCAUCUUCCUAAAAAUAUAUCCCAGAGAAUGAACGACGGAUAUCCGCACAAAAUGAACGCCAAGACAAAGGAAAGAAUACUAGAAGUUAAACAAAAGGAGCGUAGAAUGAGCUCAUCUGAUAAAAAGAAAUUCAAGAGACUGAAGCUAGGAAGAUUAUGGAUGUGUCGCAAGUUUGCUCUUGAACCUCUUGAAGAAGAAUCAAUCAGAGUUGUAUCUGAACCUACUCCAGAAUUAAAAUCCAUCUUAAAACCCGGAUCCACUUUUAAACCCCACGGCUCAAAACACGAUCAUUCUAAAAAACAUCAGCAAAAGUCAAGUCACGAUGUUGGUCCAAGGGAAGCUAAAGUACACUUUGUACCAACGACUAAAAUUGCUAGAUAUUCAAGUGAAUCUAGUGUACUGCAAGAAUAUGAUAUUCAACUUCCUUCAUUACGUUCAAAGUUUAAUAGAUUCAAACGACAAAUGCUGAGGUUCAUUGGAUAUAGAAGGCAUACUUGA